AAUGGCUAACGUUGUCGAAGUCGCAAUCGAAAAAAUUGAUGAAGUCAAGUCUAGACUUGGAAGAACUUUGGGAGCUUCAAUGCGUUUACGCGAUUUAAUUCGCCAAGUGCGUGCCGCUAGGACAGCGGCUGAAGAACGUGCUGUUGUAGAACGAGAAAGUGCAAAUAUACGAGACUUUUUUAGAGAUGAGGACAAUAAAUACAAAUGCAGAAAUAUGGCGAAACUUCUCUACAUCCACAUGCUCGGAUAUCAAGCCCAUUUUGGUCAAGUAGAAUGUAUUAAACUUGUUGGCAGCAAAGAAAAGCGUUUUACUGACAUUCGGAUUGGUUAUCUCGGUGCAAUGCUUUUGUUGGAUGAACGUUCGGAAAUUCAUUUGCUUGUUACAAAUUGUUUGAAGAGGUUUUUUAGUCUUUUUCCUGCUUUUUUUGACUGUCCCGCUGUUUUUGUUCUGUACGGUUCCAAGUGUUUUUUGGUCAAACUUAACAGUAACUGGUUUAGGGACAGGUUUUACAGCCUCUUUGCACAAGGGGAAUUUCGUACCGAUGAACUAUUUCAUUUCAAGAACCACGGAAAUCCUAUAACCGAUUCCUUAGAAAAAUAUUUUUUAUUAGGGCUCAUCGGCUCGGAACCGAACCGAUGA